AUGUUACAUUUGUCCAAAGAAGUGAAUCAGAGGAGACACAGCUGUCCAGCUGUAAAACAAGGGGACAUGUUGUGGUCCAGCUGUAACAACAGGACAAGGAAACAAGGGGGCAUGCAGUGGUCCAUCUGUAACAACAGGACUAUGAAACAAGGGGACAGGCAGUGGUCCAGAUGUAACAACAGAACUGGGAAACAAGGGGACAGGCAGUGGUCAAGCUGUAACAACAGGACAAGGAAACAAGGGGACAGGCAGUGGUCCAGCCGUAACAACAGAACAAGGAAACAAGGGGGCAGGCAGUGGUCCAGCUGUAACUACAGGACAAGGAAACAAGGGGACAUACAGUGGUUCAACUGUAACAACAGGACAAGGAAACAAGGGGACAUGCAGUGGUCUAGCUGUAACAACAGGACAAGGAAACAAGGGGACAGGCAGUGGUCCAGCUGUGACAACAGGACUAGGAAACACGGGGACAUGCAGUGGUCCAGCUGUAACAACAGGACUUGGAAACAAGGGGACAGGCAGUGGUCCAGCUGUGACAACAGGACUAGGAAACAAGGGGACAUGGAGUGGUCCAUCUGUAAUAACAGGACUAUGAAACAAGGGGACAGGCAGUGGUCCAGAUGUAACAACAGAAAUGGGAAACAAGGGGACAGGCAGUGGUCAAGCUGUAACAACAGGACAAGGAAACAAGGGGACAGGCAAUGGUCCAGCCGACAAGGAAACAAGGGGACAUGCAGUGGUCUAGCUGUAACAACAGGACAAGGAAACACGGGGACAUGCAGUGGUCCAGUUGUAACAACAGGAGUAGGAAACAAGGGGACAGGCAGUGGUCCAGCUGUGACAGCAGGACUAAGAAACACAGGGACAUGCAGUGGUCCAGCUGUAACAACAGGACUUGGAAACAAGGGGACAGGCAGUGGUCCAGCUGUGACAACAGGACAAGGAAACAAAGGGACAGGCAGUGGUCCAGCUGUAACAACAGGACAAGGAAACAAGGGGACAGGCAGUGGUCCAGCUGUAACAACAGGACAAGGAAACAAGGGGACAGGCAGUGGUCCAGCUGUAAUAACAGGACUAGGAAACAAGGGGACAUACAGUGGUCCAGCUGUAACGACAGGACAAGGAAACAAGGGGACAGGCAGUGGUCCAGCUGUAAGACAACGAGACUAG